GGUUUCCCGCGAGUCGUCAAUAUUUGACAAGUCGUGGAAACACGAGGGUACGGGAAACAGUUGGAUGCCGUUUUGUAAAGAAUUCCAAUAUAGACAGUUACACAUAACACAUCAAAAUGCCUAAGAAACCUGUCAGAAAUGCGUUUUAUUUCUUUAUGUGUGAAAUUGAGCCUGCAUUAAGGCGUGAAGGCCGUAUUUUGAAUGGCAUGCAGGAUGUAGUUCCAAUCGCGCAUCCAAGAUGGAAGGCGCUACCUGAUAAGGAGAAACAGAGGUUUGAGCGUAUGGCAAAGGAAUACAAAGGGCAGAGAAGGGGUGUUGAGGGCAACAAUGUGCGGAUGGACAAUACGGGCAAUAUCAUUGCUCACAGAGUUGAUCCGAGAGCAGAGAGAGAGAAGAAGAGAGCUAGAGAGAUAAAGACUGUGAGAGAAACAUUUCCUGCUGGCAAAGCGGUUGCCGAAGAGAAUUUCUACUUUGUGAACUUCCAGACAUUGUGUAAGACUGUGGACGGCGAAUACUUGCCUGCUGAAGUUGCCGUCAUAGAAUACAAUAUACGCAAGGGAAUCCAACGAGUGUUCCAUAAAUUUAUAGAACCAGGGAGAAUUCCAACUGGAUACCGAUAUGAGUGUCAACAGAAAAGCACGGAUUACCACCAGAUUCCAGUGUCUGGAUUCGAUCAGGCAGACGAUAAUUACAGGGGGAUCUGGAUUCAACUUGAGAAUUUCGUCAACCCCAACGGGGACAAACCAGAAUACCCUCCCAUGUAUUGUCUGGGUGAUGACUGUGAGGAGAUGGCGUACUGUCUGGAGUGGGUGUUGGGGGGAGCCGCCCUUGGGGUCCCAAACCGUCUAAAGAAAGUGUACGAGCUUGAAGGCCUGGUAGUGGAGCUGUUUGCACACAUCGGUCCAGCACCGUCCAAAUCCUCCGUCAUAGACAUGCUAACCUCCAGCACCUGGGACUUCGAACCAAAUACUAAGUGUGCUUUUCAUGAAGAAUUGGAAUGUAAAUACUGCUCAAUAGGAAUCCUGAAACGAUAUGCAUUUGCCAUCUCCGACAGUUUAUGUCAGAAGUACGAUGUUAACCUAACAAAGAACCACAUCCCAAUCCGCAACAACGUGAACACUGGAUGUACAGUGCUGCCCCCAUCGUCCAUGAGGAUCCAGUCUAGACAGGGGAAUGCCCCUCCUCCCAGGCAGGCUGGAGGGGCAUCCUACAAACCCCCACAAACGAGGGGCGGCACACCCCAAAUGUUUGGUAGUCAGCAGCCUCCAGGCAAACAAAAAGUGGCAGCAUCAUACGGAGUAGAUGAUGACGACGACACAGAUGACAGUGACGAUGAUAUUGGAUACCAGUCACUCAGAAGACCCAACAUGCCAGCCCCUGGGUCAGCAGGAAGGAUGGCAGCUGCCCCUGUACGGCCAGCUUGGUCAGCCAAUAAUUCCACUGCCCCUACACAGCCUGCUUGGUCCGCCAGCGCUCCCAUGGCCAGACCUGUGGUCCCGCCAAGCCAGAUUACACAGAACUACCCUAACCUGGGACAAACUGGGCCAAGACUGCCAAUGGGGCGAGGAUACAUGCCCGCCUCUGUUGACUUCCCUUCCCUGGGGCGAGGCAAUACGAACACAGCAAUGGCUGGUAUAGGACGAGGAGUACCUAAGAAUUUACCAGAUAAUGAAAUUCCUAAAAAGUUUGCCGGUCGUCAGGGAGCGCCUGGUCCUCAGAUUGCCCCGCCCCCACCUUCUUCUUGGCACGCUGCCAUCUCUGAUGUUACCCCACCAUCACAGAGUGGUGCCAGUGCCAUGAACAGGACACCACAAGCCUCACAGGGACCCCCACCAGGUUUUUCUGCCAUUAAUGAUUCAUCCCCACCAGAGGCGACACCCGCACCACGAUUACAGACAGAUGGUUACCGGCCUGCUCUACCUAAUGGUGGAGAAUCGGGAGACAGCAUAGUUGAUAUGAUGCGUAGACAAGGAAGAGGUAUCCUAGGAUAUACUGUCAACAACGUACCGAAAGGCCGGGGCUACGCACCUCCGGGCAUGAUUGCAAUGCAGCAGAAUAUGGGUGCUUUAUCCAUCAACUCCAAAUGAUGAGAUUGGAUUCAGACAGGAUUCUUUCCUCAUGAUCACCUUACUCAAGGCAACCAGGAUACUGGUGUAUCGCAAAAAGUCAGGACCAAUCGGGCAUAGAAAGAACUGGAAAUGAGUCGCAUGACUGACCUAUGAUGAAGGUCACACAGUGGACAUGUGACAUACCAUGUGAUGGUCAUGUGACCACACACAGUAUGGACAUACAAUGACAGAUAAAGCUUGGAGGUUAUCAAAUCACAAAGGAUACCAGAUUGAAAAGCUUGAGUUGGAUGAAGUUGUAAGAGUUCUGUUAGAGGAGUUCGGUGAGGUAGUGCAAUGUUUGUUUAUAAAAAAUAUUAUGUUACUUUAUUAAAGAGUUUCAACAGAUAGUGGUUGAAUGUGUUAAAAACAAUUUAUUGUUAUUAAAAAAAUGCUGUGACUAUAUUCCCUGUAUGAAGCAGGCCCUCAUAAUUCACAGAUUAUAGGACUUUUGCCAGGUUAGUAACUGACAUUCAGAAGAGUUAUCUACCUUGGACCAAAAGUGUGAGACACAAAGAGGAGUUAUUUCCCUUAGAAACGACUCCAUCUCCUGUGCUGGUUGGUGCCAGUAUCCCUCCGGGAUUUCUUGACUUUUGAAAUGAUAAUUAUUUGAUCUUUUUAUAUGAAAUCUUUUCUGGGUGCUUAUUUCUUCUGUAUGGGAAAAUUUUCUUUACAUUUCUCCAAAGUAAAUGUAAGUUAUGUCCUCUUUGUACAAGUAGUACUAUAAUUUUUAUAACAGUACAUUUUAAGAGUUACUGAACUUUACCUUUAAUGUGUAGUUGCAGCCUUGGCUAAUUUUGGUAUGAAUACUUUUGACAAUUGUUUUCAUUACUGGACACACAAAAAAAGAUAUUCGAUAUACAAAUGAUUUUGUGAGCCAGUUCUAUGUUUUAAUGCAAAAACACUUGUGAUAUUAUCAGUAACCAUUUAAGUUGAUAUAAGCUAGUUUUGGAGAAACCUGAUUCAAUGAAGCAGAAUUACCUGUCCAAAGUAACCAUUUAAUUAACCUGUAUAAACCAGUCACUGAAAUACCUUGAUACCUAUAUUGGCCAAACAUCAACCUGGGAUCCCAAGUAUUUGAAGUGAGUUGUUAUACCCCCUCUACAACAAAGUCUGGGGUAUAUAAUAUUGGCUUUGCCCAUCCAUGCUGAAUGUGAUUCAGGGACAUUUCUAAUCCACUGUUUCACGAAUUGGCAUAAGACUUGGUGUUUUCCAUCCUAAAACCAGGUCACUCCAAGCUCAAUAUGACCUAUGAUCUUGACUGAAAAUUCUAAAAUAAUGGUUUCUUGACCACAAUUCUUGAAAUACAUUCAAGUUUCCUCAGCAUAUCUAAGUCACUGUUUAUGAUCAAGCAUGGAGCGAAGGUAUUGGUAAAUUUUAAAUUUCAAGACUAAUUUCACAGACUUCAUACAAAAUGGAAACUGUUUUAAAAUCCAUUUAUAUAAUUUACUUCACAGUUAAAGCAUGAAAAUUAUUCCAAGAUCCCUUUUAUCCACUGAGUUUUAGUGUCACCAAGUAGAUUUGUGAAAAGCAUUGUUCAGUUUUCAAUUUCGUAUCUUUCUGACAUAUAUUCUGGUCCCAAUUUUGGCUUGCUUAAACAGGUUUAGCUGUACAUGUAUAAGAUGAUUCUAUUGAAUUGUUCAUGUUGAAGAUUGAUUUUCUUAUUCAUUGUAAUAGUUGAUAUGUGAAAUGUGAUAUAUCAUUCAUGUUACCUCAUUUAUCUGAGACAUUGAAGUGAAUUAUGUACUCCAUUUUCUUUUUGACACAGUCUAUCAUUUUACAUAACUUUGCGACUGCAGCUAAUUUAGUUAUUAUUGAAGGGACAAAAGUUUGGCAGGGCAAAAAUUUCCAGUCUACAGUACUAGUGUACAUAUAUUAUAAAAUACGAACACUGUGUAAGACUUUUUGAUGGAAACUUGAUGGCUGUUUCUUAUUCUUCCAGCAUCUAUGAACCUUAGAAUGCUAGUUGAAAAUAGUUUGGCAAUGGGAGACGAUCCUUCCAAAAAAUGUAAAAUUAUAACAAGAAACACCAGAUAACAUUGUAUUAUUUCUGGCUAGUGAAUGAAGAUAUGUUUCCCCAUUUCAACAUGCACAAGAUACAUUCAAUUUCUAUGAGAAUUUCUUGUAACGUUUCCGAAGUUUCACAAAUGCAUCAGGAUGGUUCCUGGAUAACUCCACCACUUUGCACUAGCAGAAAAAAUAGUAAUUGCUGAAAUUCCCUUUGAAAGAUCUAUUGUUGAAACUUACAGUUAAUGGAACUAACUUAGCUUUAGUUACAAUAGUCAUUUUCCUUUCACCAAUAAAUUGAUAUUCUAUAAUGCUCCGCGAGGCUGUGCUCUUGGUUCUAUUGAUACAAACACUUAGUAGUGCUGGUUGAGAGAGAGAUAAAUAUAUAUAUAUAUAUAUGCAAGAUGAUUUGCAUAUAUUCAUUGCAAUCAAGUUGUUUUAUACCAAAAUCUAUGAUACUGGUAGAUGUGUCAACAUGUUCAUUCUAAUUGAAGUUUUAUAAAUAUUUUUCAAGAUUU